AUGGCUAAACAGAGAGGCAGAAACUUUUCCAAAACACCGAGAACUCAAGAUAUAGGGUUUUCAUCAACCGCUGAGACGUCAGACUACAACAGCUCUCGUUCUGAACAAAAUGAACAUGUUGCUGGUCAGCCAAAUACGUUUUUUGGUGUCUUAGAUACUCAGGAGCUAGAAUAUUUUAAGCAGGCAGAAUCAACUUUGACAGUGGAUACUUUUGAGACUCCAGAGGAGAAGAAUCAGUUUAUAACAAGUGUUAUCGAGGAAACAAAAGGUAAAGAACUAAAACUAGCCACAUCCCAGAUAUGCUCCAAACUUAUGGAAAGACUCAUUCUUGCCGGAACAAAUCAACAAUUGAAAUCAAUUUUCCAGAGCUUUAACGGGUUUUUUUUCAACAUGGCAUGUCACAAAUAUUCAUCGCACGCCCUUGAAACGCUUCUAGUAAGAAGUGCUGCAUUAGUAGAGAAAGAGCUCUUGACUCCAAGUUUUGAGGAUUCCAUACCGAUUGAAGGUGACGAUGAGGUUUUCGCUCCUAUGGAAACGUUAUUUUUGCACAUGCUAAAUGAAAUCACACCAAGCAUCAGGUCCAUGCUCAAUCAUCGCUAUGCGUCCCACGUUCUGCGUCUUCUAAUUCUAAUCUUGUCCUCAAAGACAUUGCCAAGCUCUACGAUGAGCAAUUCCGCUUUACGUUCUAAGAAGUCCAAAAUUGCGCGUAAAAUGAUUGAUAUUAAAGACAACGAAGAUUUCAACAAAACCUACAAGACUCCAGACUCCUUUAAAGUUCAGUUGCGAGAAAUGCUUUCAUCUCUGUACCGGAUCUUGACUGGUGGGGUCGAGAUAGGCUCUUCUCAUUUCAAAGACAUCAGCGCCACCGAUAUCGUCAAGGUUAGAGAGAUGUGUAUCGAUCCUGUGGCAUCCCCUGUCCUUCAACUCAUCAUUCAAGUUGAAGGUAUUUUCGAUAGAGAUCGCUCGUUCUGGCAUUUGAUCUUCUCUUCAAGCGAGGAGAAAAAUUCCAAAGAGGAAGCUCUUGUGGAAUAUCUCCUUUCUGAUCCAGUCGGAUCGCAUUUCCUGGAAAAUGUUAUCUCUUUCACUCGUGCAAAAUAUACUGAGCGUCUCUACAAGAUGUACAUGAAGGACCGUAUCUUGAAGCUCAGCAAGAGAGAUUUAACCGGUGCCUUUGUCGUACAAGCUCUACUCAAACAUUUACGUUCUCACGAUGUUAAAUCGAUCCUUAACGACAUUGUGCCUGAGCUGAGUGUCAUCGUGAACUCUAAUAUGGAUUUUUGUACCAGUGUCAUAGAAGCCAGCAUUCAGCAAGGUGAUUACAUGAAGGAAACGGUUGUGACGCAGUUGCUAAAGAAAUACUACCCCGAGGAGUCAGAAGACAAAGAUAUUCUUGAAAGUUGUCUUUUGCUAAGCUCGUCGACGCUUGGUAAUACAAGAGGCGACUGGCCAACCGCAGAAGAGAGGCGUAGGGCGCUUUUCCUGGAGAAAUUGAUAGAUUACGACGAUAGGUUCUUGGAGGUGACCAUCGAUAGUAUGUUGGCGCUCCCAGAACAAAGGCUUCUCCAAAUGUGUUAUCAUGGUGUAUUUUCGCAUGUUGUGGAGCAUGUUUUGCAAGUGAAACGUGUUGACAAGAUUUUAAGAAAACGUCUUCUAAACAUAUUUUGCACCGAUAUUGUCAAUCUUUCUUGCAAUGCGUACGGUUCGCAUCUUGUCGACAAACUUUGGGAUUUUACUGCUCAGUUGCCGAUGUACAAGGAAAGAAUUGCAACCAGUCUGACAGGAGAAUCUGAAAAAGUCAAGAAUAGUGUCUAUGGACGUCAGGCAUGGAAGAACUGGACAUUGGAUAAGUUCAUCAGAAAGCGUUUCGAUUGGAAGCGGUUAGUUAAAGACCAAUUGCAGGAACUGUUUCCAGAAUCUCAAAACUCGUUGCCACCUGCCCGUGCUUUAAAACGCAAACAAGAAGGCGGCUUUGAACGGAGUGACAAAAAAUCGAGAAGGUAG